ACUAAUCGAUAUCGCCACCUAUCGAUAUCGAGAGCCAGCGCACACACAGUGCAAAAGAGUUUGCGAAAAACCUGCACAAAAAGCCAAAUUGAUUGCAAAUCGAGCAGCUUGAGGAAGCAGGAGUUCCCCCUUGACCAGUGCCGUGGAGUGCUGAAACCACCGUGGCCGCGGAGGCACCGAGAAGCUAGCGAAAGGCUCGCCGUGGAGUUCUCCCAUCUCUUUCACCUCCUCCAACUCCGUCUUGGGGGCCGAAGGCAGAAAAUUAGCAGAGAGUUCGAGACGAGCAGCGCGGGCAGCGGGGACUGGCACUGGCCUGCUGGGCUAAGCGUGGAAGUAAACAAACGGAUCGGAUUCCGGGUCCGAGUCGGAGGAACGGGGCGUGGCUCGCUAACCAGGCGGCUUGGCAAACAAAAAACCGGAGGUGGCAACAAGUAGGCGGCAGGCAUGGACGUGUCCCUCACCGAGCCCGAGACGCGCUUCUACAGUGAGUUGUUCCAAUGCUGCGACGUGGAGAAGACGGGCAAGGUGCCCAUGCUGAAGGCCACCGAGCUCUUUCGCUCGGCAGACAUCGCCAACGAGACAGUGAUUGAGAUCACCGGCCUGGCGGGCAUUCCCUCCACGGCGCUGCACAUCUCGCGGACGCAGUUCUACUCAUGCCUGAAGCUGAUCGCCGCCCACCAGGCGGCCAUGCCCCUGCGCCAGGAGCUGAUUUUGGCUACGUUCUCGCUUCCGCUGCCUCACUUUAGCUGGAAGGAGGCGGUCACAGCUCCGGUGGCCGUUGAAAACGGAUUGGCCGCUUUGCCGCCGCCGCCGCCCACAGAUCGCAGGAACUCGCUGCGUCGCAACUCGCAGCAGGAGCAGCUGCAGGACACCUCCGAUGUGCCCAGCACCGACUCUGAAGUGGAGCAAAACGAAUCCGUGGACGAGGCGGCUGGCCACGGACGCGGCACGGAUGGCAGUGGGGCCGUCAGCAGCAGCAGUCGCGAGAAUGUCGGGCGACGCCGAGGGGGCGGUGCUGGUGGUGGAUCCCCGGAAGCCUGGAGCACCAACAGUGACAGCCCCACGCCCACGAAUAGCGUGGCCGAGCGGCCCUGGGCGCAGGACACCCUCUGGCAGGGUUUGCUGGGCGACGAGCACCGCCAGCUACUGGGCACGGAGGAGGAGUCCUCCGAUCGCCACAGCAGCGAUGACGAGGACAACGAAAGUGAACUGGUUACCAUCUACCAGAUAACCCCUGAGCAGCGAGAGUACUACAACAAGCAGUUUCGGACGGUGCAAAGGGAUCCGCAUGGACUGCUCUCGGGCCAGGCAGCAAGAAACUUCUUUGAAAAGAGCCGCAUUCCCGUGGAGGAGCUGCGCCACAUCUGGCAAUUGUGCGACGUUACACGUGAUGGAGCGCUUAGCCUGUCCGAGUUCACGGCCGCCAUGCACCUGGUGGUUCUGAGACGCAACAACAUUCCGUUGCCCACUAGUCUGCCCCAUUGUCUGCACCCAAACGUGCUCCAAGCAGCUGCUGCUGGCGGUGGACAAAGAGUUACCUCCUCGUCCUCAGCUGCGCUGCCUCAGGAGCCGCCUGAGGCCGAUCUCCUGCACCUGAAUGACGACGAUGAGGAUGACCACACGGACAAUACGAUCAUAGCCGGCAAUCUCAGCGGCGGCAGUUCCAGCAGCAAGCCGCGUCCCAACGUGCCAAGCGACAAGAACGUCAUGAAUCUGAGCAGCAUCUCCACGUCCUCACAGGCGAGCAAUAGUUCCAGGCGUGAGGCUACACCGCAGAAUUCGCUGGCCAAGAACCGCAGCAUCUCAAACUCACCAAGUGUGGAUAAGUCAGUGACGGGAGCGGUUUCCUCUACGGCAAAUGCUGUAGACUCGAGCAACGCCUCCAGCCAGUGGACAAAGUUCAGCGAAUCUCCCACAACAAGUGCUGCUCCGGUGCAGUCAACCACUGGAGUGCCACCUGUGGCAGCCGCCGGAGCAGUCGCUCCUGCUGCCUCUAGUCCCGGGCUUAAGCCAGCCCUGUUCGACAUGAAGCGCUCUGCCCAGGACGUGGUUUCCAAUCCACAGAUCCUGCACCCAGUGCCGCUAAGAGUGACGCCCAUUGGCACCGCCAUCGCCUCCUCCGCUGAGUCAUCUAACGACAACGAGAGCGCUGUGGUUCUGCGCGAGGACAGUCCCAAGGCCAUCUCUUCGACCACCGUCAACAAUCAGUCAUCGGGAUCCGCUGUCCUAACUGGAGUAUCGGGAGUCGCCGGCUCCCAUCGCGAUAGCAGCGAUCUGCGUGCCAUCCAACGGCCUCAGGCCAAAAAGCUGCCGGCCAAGAAUAGCGCAUUGCCACCGCCACCGCAACGCGAGCCGAGCAUCGGAUCUACUGGACCAAAUGAGCCGCCGGAGCCGCAGACCGCUUACGUGGCGUCUACGUUGGCGUCCAAGAAGGACCCACCGCCCCUGCCGCCGCCGAGACCACAUCGCCAUGCGCGCAGCAGCAGUCUGGACUUAAACAAGUUCAAAAUGGGCGUAACGGGCGGUGCCCAGCAGGCCGAGAUCACUGCGCAGGCCAGCUUCGAUAUGCAAACCUCAACGGGGUUUGCCGAUUUCACGCACUUUGCCGACGAAGGCGCCGCGAACGUCGUGGACGAACAGCAGCUUCACUCUUUGCCACCGGCAGCACCCCCUCCACAAGCAGCAGUGGUGCCGCCCACGAGGAUAACUCUUCAGCAAGCUCAACAGCGGGUUUCCGCCUUCGAGGUUUACCGGAAGCCGCAAACGCCGCGUGGUUCGCAGUCGCCACCCCAGCAGCCACCACCGCCGGCUCCAGCUGCGGGGGUGGCCUCCCAAUCUGGCCAGCUGCCCAGCGCUGAGAGCUUUGAGAAGCGGGUGACAGCCAUUAGCGACUCGCUGCGUCACGUAACCUUUAAACAGGGUCAGGCCAACACAACGGAGGUGCUGCAAAGACUGCGCGAGCAGAACAACUCAUUGCUUCACCUUUGCAACGAUUUAAGCGACGAACUGUUGAGCGUCCAGACGCGCAAGGAGGAGAUGCGCCUGAAGUUGGAGGCACUCAGUGGCGGUGAUAGUACUGGUCGAACAAGCUCCUCGGUAUCGGCCCCGGUUACAGCGAACGUAACCGGUGGGUCCUCGGGUUCGGCUGGAGCUGCUUACAGCAACGUUUGAGCGGAGAAAAAUGAUCAUGUUGCGGUGAAUCGACUUGUUUGUUGGACAACUUGUGAGAUACUCAUCUGCCUUGUAUCUUUGUUUAUUACCCCUCAGCCAACCAUUAGCAUUCCUUAUAUUGUGUUACAUUUUUUCAAUGAUUAAUUUUUUCUUUUUUUGCAUAGUAGACGGCAUUACAUUUUAAUUUUGUUUAAAAACAAAACUACAACAUUACCUAUAUCCUUAAAGUACUAUUUAUAUAAAAGUAAAAAUUUUGAAAAAAGUAUAAGUAAUCCUUUUAAAAAAAAUGUAUUUCCAAUUUUGAUACAAGAUCAAAGGAUACAAGAUCAAAGGAUACAGGAUCAACGGAGAAGGAAAAAAAGUUGAGAAUACAUAU